CCCUAGAAAUUGGAAAUAAAGAUCUUUUCUAUUGCUUCUCUGGCUUCUAAUAGCUUAGCUUCUUCGUAUUCGGUAUACAGAAUGUGUCCUUCCGGCACAAGCUCGGAAUGUUCCACGAAGGGGCCUUCAGAUUUCCGGCCAGCAUUCGACCUUCUGGAUGCGGAUAUGGACGGCAAGAUCAGUCCAGAUGAUCUCCGGACGUUCUACUCACGCUUCUCCAACGGCGUAAAUGUUGCUUGCGAGGAAGACAUUGGUUCAAUGAUAUCGGUGGCUGAUUCUAACAAAGAUGGUUUCGUUGAAUACGAGGAGUUCGAGAGAGUUCUGUUUCCGGUUCCUUCACAAGCCCAGCAGCCGCCGUGUGGGGAGGAUUGGGUGAUGCAGGACAUGUUCAGGGUUAUGGAUAGAGAUGGCGAUGGAAAGGUUGGGUUUGAUGAUCUUAGGACUUACAUGGAGUGGGCGGGAUUACAGGUCAGUGAGGAAGACGUAAAGACUAUGAUUAGAUUGGGUGGUGGAGAUGACCAUAAUGGAGUUUCUUUCGAGGGACUGUUCAAGAUAUUGGCCCUUGACUCCGUCGGCAAGUAGGCUCUGUUACGGUGGCUGAUCGGAGUAGCUAGCGGCGACUGGCGCCAUCGAAAAUGCUGCUUUUCUUUAGGAGAGUUUGGAAAUUUCGGAGUUCUUCACGGUUGCUUUCGUGACUCGUGAGAUAAAUCAACCUAUGUCCACAUCGAUACAUCAUCGGUCAUCCCAUGUGAAUCAGUAUACAUCAGGAAAAGUCCGUUGACUAUGUCAGAAAAAAAAAAAAGUGAUUUGAUCUCAUGGUUGGACCCAUUGUUUAUGAUCUGAAAUAAUUUUUAUUUUAAAUAAAAUUUGUCUUUUUAAGCAUUA